UAUUUUCUAGUCUCUUAUUUCUUCAAUUUGUUUGUCUACUUUUGUUGGCCUCUUGAUUUUCCAGUAACCCCCUAAUGUCGUGCUGGCUCAAAAAUGUCACUGGCAAGUAAAACUGGUAGUGAGGCUGAAUCUUAUCCAGUCGCACUUGCCUCCCAUGACGACGUAGUUAAAGACUCUUCUCUUUUCUGGAAAACGCUCCAUAGCUUUCAUCACUCCAUGGGUACAAAACUCAUGAUUCCUGUGAUAGGAGGAAAGGAGCUAAACUUGCAUAUUGUGUACAUAGAAGUGACCAAGAGAGGUGGUUUUGACAAGGUCGUGGCAUACAAAAAAUGGAGGGAGGUGGGUUCAAUUUUUGGAUUCUCUACAACCACAACUAGUGCUUCUUAUGCACUAAGAAAACAUUACUUGAAAUUCUUAUAUCAAUAUGAACAAACUUACUUUUUGUCAUCCAAAUCUUCUAUCUACACAGAGUGUUUAUCGUUUGAAGCCGCUGGGAUAAUUCAUACCAAAUUUGAAUACGGUUAUCUAGUGACAAUACAAUUCGGUUCUGAGAUCCUUCAUGGAGUUCUUUAUCAAGCGCAACACAAGGCCAUGGUUCCAUAUGAUAUGGACCCGACUAGUACAACGAUGAGAAAAAAGAGGAAAUCCAGAGGUGACCCAACUCGCCCAAAGACUAAUCGAAGCGGAUACAAUUUCUUCUUUGCAAAAAAACAUGCCGAACUCAAGUCAAGAUAUCCCGAAAGAGAAAGAGAGUUCACAAAGAUGAUCGGCGAGUCAUGGAACAACCUUUCUCCCGAAGAUAAAAUUGUUUAUCAGAAGCAAGGAUUGAUGGAUAAGGAGAGGUAUCAAAGGGAAAUGAUCGAGUAUAAAGAAAGAUUAAAACAUGGAGUAUGCCAAAUUGUAUCCUAAGGGGUCAAGUUGAAUUGUACUCAAUAGAACUAUAGAAUUUAUUGUAAAGACUUCGUUAUCAACUCGAAUAAUAUACAAUGCACCCUCAUAAAAAGUUUA